GUAUGUUUUUUUUUUAGAUGGAGUUUGCUGUGCAAAUGACAUGUCAGAAGUGCGUAAAUGCAAUUCACAAUUCACUUCAUGGAGCAGAGGGUGUUAAGUCAUUUACAGUGGAUCUGGAUACAGAGCAAGUCAUUGUCGAGACCACACUAUCAACAGCGCAAGUCCAGAAGAUGAUAGAAAACUCAGGACGAACGGCCAUAUUACGUGGUCUUGGUGCCACAGAAACACAACCAAAACACUUAGGAGCUGCUGUGGUUGAGAUGCGUAGUGGGAAUAUUCUUGGUGUCACCAGAUUUGUUCAGCUAUCUGAGGAUCUCUGUGUGAUUGAUGGCACAAUUGAUGGUCUUACUCCAGGACUCCAUGGGCUCAACAUUCAUGAAUUGGGAGAUCUGUCACAGGGAUGCAGUAGCACUGGUGAUCACUAUAAUCCCAGAAAUUGUAAACAUGGAGCACCGGAGGACAGUGAGAGACAUGUUGGAGACCUUGGUAAUAUACUAGCAGACAAGAACGGCAGGGCUUCUUUUCGAUUAGAAGAUAAAACUGUGAAGGUUUGGGAUAUAAUUGGCCGAUCACUAGUUGUACACCAUGGAGAAGAUGAUUUAGGUCGUACCGAUAAUGCUGUGUCAAAAAUAACAGGAAAUUCAGGCCCAGGCUUAUCAUGUGGAAUAAUUGCCCGUUCAGCUGGUCUUUUCCAGAACACCAAGAAAUUCUGUGCAUGUGAUGGGAAAAUCCUUUGGGAGGACAAGCCACUUUCUGCACCUACAAGCAUGCCACCCUCUCAGUUAUGACAUGAAUGUGUGUCUUCACAGUUAAUAUGAAUACUGUGUUAAGCUGUUAGGUGUUAAGAAUAAACAAAUUCAACUGAGAGAGAUAAUGUCUUCAGCUGAAGUCACUCAAAAUUCUUGUAAUUUGGCAUUGAAAUAUCGUCCAAGCUCUUGGAAAUCGACCCUAAGUAGGUCAAAAUCAAGGUGUGGGUAACCCGCUCUCUGCGACUUUCCAGUCUCUAAGCAAGUCAAACAGGGGCUAUAUUUCGGCCAGCAUGCACAUAACGAAGCUUGCGAUUAUUUACUGAACUGGAAAAUGAGGGUUGCAUAAGAUGUAUGCAGCAUUUAUUUACAGUGGCUGUAAGGCAGGGUUCCACUGUAGUUAAUAACUUUUAGAAAAAAGUCCUUAGAAGACAUGCAUGCUGAUUGGUUAAAUAUUGUGUUUCUAUAACUCGAUAGAAACACAAGUAGCACGAGCUGUUGAUGUAAUG